GUUGUCUAUCAAGUUCCUCUAAGGGAAAAUCAUGUCUUGAAGAGAAAUGUGGGUCAACAGCUAAGGAUUAAGAUUAUAUAUGACAGAAGCGUUGAGGAUUUGCUACCUGAGAAAAGGCACCUUAUAAAGAACAAACUUUUUCCACAAGCUAUAUCUUAUUUGGAGAAGACAUUUCAAGUGCGCAAACCCACGGGUACUAUAUUACUAAGCAGGCAGUGUGCAACAAACCAGUAUUUAAGGAGGAAAGCUGACCCUCACAGAUGCUGCCGAGGAGCCUGCUCAGACCAUACAAAAUGUGGGCCAGUUAUCGUUCCUGAGGAACACCUCCAGCAAUGUAGGGUGUUCAAUGAGAGCGAAUGGCACUGCGGACCCACUGGCUUACCUGACCAAGAAGGGGUCCGAGAUGCUGACUUUUUACUUUACGUUAGCGCACUCACCACUGAGAGGUGUGGCCAUGAAAACAUCAUUGCGUAUGCAGCCUACUGCCAGCUGGAAGCGGAAAUGGACAGGCCAAUAGCAGGAUAUGCUAACUUGUGUCCAAACAUGAUCUCAACGCAAGCUCAGGAAUUUGUUGGCAUGUUGUCUACAGUGAAACACGAGAUCAUCCAUGCGCUGGGUUUCUCUGCUGGACUGUUUGCGUUUUACCGUGAUGAUGACGGAAAACCUUUGACAACAAGAUAUGCAGAUGGACUCCCUUCUUUUAAUGAAAGUCUAGGUUUGUAUCAGUGGAGCAAUAAAGUCGUUCAUAAAGCAGUGAGGUUAUGGGACGUACGUGGUGGCCAAAUCCUGCGCCAUGCUGUUCAUCUUCUGAUAACACCUCGGGUAGUUGAAGAAGCUCGGAAACAUUUUAAUUGUCCAAUUUUAGAGGGAAUGGAGCUUGAAAAUCAAGGUGGCAUGGGUACUGAGCUCAAUCACUGGGAGAAGAGACUGUUGGAGAAUGAAGCUAUGACUGGAUCUCAUACACAGAAUCGAGUCUUUUCCAGGAUCACAUUAGCAUUAAUGGAAGACACAGGCUGGUAUAAAGCAAAUUACAGCAUGGCAGAGAAGUUAGAUUGGGGACGCAAUAAAGGCUGUGACUUUGUAAUGAAGAGCUGUAAAUUCUGGAUCGACCAAAAGAGGCAAAAGAGGCAAUUAAUCAGUCCAUACUGUGACACUUUGAGGAGUAAUCCUUUGCAGUUAACCUGCAGACAGGACCAAAGAGCAGUAGCAGUGUGCAACUUGCAGAAGUUUCCAAAGCAGUUACCUCAGGAAUAUCAG